GUCGAGAUCCACCAUGGCCGCCGGAGCGAGGAGGAGAAGGUAGCGGCGGUCUGCUAGGAGUAGCAGGCGGUGUGCAGCCGCGUGCGUUUCCGCCUUUCCGAACGCCGAUGAUAUUUUUAAGUUUUCCCUUUGUUUGACGAAUCCAUCGAUCACCCUCCUGUUUGCGGGGAGUUGCGAGAGCCGUGAGGUCGAAACCCCUUCCCCAAACCCUAGCGGUCCCUUGGCUCCGGUUUUCUGCUGUAACUUGCGUGUUUGCUGAUGGAGGACGAAGAGAUUAAGAAGACGGUGGUAGCUUACCUAAGCAAGAAGGGCUACACGAAAGCCGACCUCGUCCUUCAGGAAGAGCAGAAUAACGUCUCCGCGUCUCCGAGCUCCGAUCUCUGUGUCUCCAGAGUAGAAAACGAUCCGAAACGAUAUAAUGAUGGUUAUAGCAAGCUGCGUUCAUUGGCAUAUAAUUCGCUCGACUUAUACAAGCACGAGCUGCUUUCUGUACUUUAUCCAGUGUACAUACACUGUUUUAUGGAUCUUGUGGCAGGCGGACUUGUACAUGAAGCUCGAAUUUUUUUCUUUGCAUUCCGUGAAGAUCAUGAAUCUCGACACUUGAGAGACCUACAAAAGCUUGAACGAAUUCUUUCCACCUUAAAUUCAGAGGAGAUGGAAUUGGCCCGUUCUUUUAGGCUGAACAAACUAAAAAUAAAAUUGUGCGAGUAUUCUUAUGAUCUCCUCCUGCAGUACCUUCAGAAAACACACUCUCUUACCAUUCUUGGCAUAAUAAAUGAGCAUAUUGAUUUUGAAGUAUACCCUGGACAGCCUACCACAGUUGCUGACAAUGCAGACUUUGCAACUGCUGAGGGUAGAAAUAACAAAUUUGGCAAACAGAUGAAUCAGAAUAUACGCUGGGGGGCACUUGAAGAAACAGAAGAGCAACAUCCUGAGAAGGCACUUUCAGAUUCUGAGAAGGCUGAAAAUGGAAACAAAGAUGUGAAUACUGAAAAAGGCAAGAAGAGGACCUUUGAUGGCAUACAGCAGGGUGUUGCUGUCAGAAGGAUUAAAAAGGACAAACUUGUGAGUGCAACAGGGGCAAAUGCCCGCUCAGAGACAAGUGCAGUGUCUGCAGCACCACGGAUGAAACCAGAACUAACUCUUCCAGCAACUCCUGCAGAAGUUGAGCGUGUGGUUUUGGAGGACUUACGGAACCGAGUGCAAUUAAAUAGUUUGGCACUGCCAUCUAUUAACUUUUACACCAUCUUAAAUGCACAUGAUAGAUUAAAUUGCUUGUCUGUAUCUGAAGGUGGGUCUCUGAUUGCUGGAGGAUUUUCUGAUUCAUCUGUGAAGGUCUGGGAUAUGUCAGAGGAUGUCCAAAUAAAGAAAAGUUUUAAUCUGUUGGGAGCAAAUGAGUCUGUGAAGAAUGAGAACAUUCCUGGAACAGAGGACUGCAAAAGAUCUUACACAUUGCUUCAUGGUCAUUCAGGACCUGUUUAUUCUGUUGCGUUUAGUCAUUCUGGAGACUUCCUAUUGUCAGCAUCCUCAGAUUCGACAAUCCGAUUAUGGAACACAAAGCUGAAUGCAAAUCUUGUCUGCUACAAGGGUCAUAAUUUUCCAGUAUGGGAUGCUCAAUUCAAUCCUGUUGGAGACUAUUUUGCUAGUUGUUCACAUGAUCGAACUGCUAGAAUUUGGUCAAUGGAGAGGACCCAUCCUGUAAGAGUAUUGGCUGGACAUCUUUCUGAUGUUGAUUGUGUUCAGUGGCAUGCAAAUUGUAACUACAUAGCAACUGGUUCCAGUGACAAAACAAUCAGAUUAUGGGAUGUGCAUAAUGGGGACAGUGUUCGCAUUUUCAUUGGUCAUAGAAGCAUGAUAUUAUCACUAGCAAUGUCUCCUGAUGGACGAUAUAUGGCAUCUGGUGAUGAAGAUGGUACAAUAAUGAUGUGGGAUAUCUCAAGUGGUUGUUGUGUUUCACCUUUAGUAGGACACAACUCGUGUGUUUGGUCUCUCGCUUUCAGUUGUGAAGGCACACUACUUGCUUCUGGAUCAGCUGAUUCUACAGUUAAAUUGUGGGAUGUGACUGCCAGUACAAAAGCUCCGAGAACAGAGAACAAAUCCAGUUGCUCUCAUCGCUUAAGAUUAUUAAAAGCUCUUCCGACCAAAUCGACUCCUGUGUACACAUUACAGUUUUCAAGAAGGAAUCUUCUAUUUGCAGCCGGUGCACCGUCAAGAUGUUCCUGACCAUGUCGUUCCCAAGUCACUUAAAAAAUACAAACCAACGGCCGUGACAUCUAAAUUAUGUGCAACAGGUAAUUACCGUGAGAUAUCUGAUCCAACAUCCUCAAGUCUUUGUAAAUGGUAGAUUCAUCUAUUGUGAUGUUGCAUAUAUGCCCACAUAUUAUGGACAUAGACUGAGUUUAUUUGAGUGGAGGGAUGGGAGGAAACGGAUGAUAAAGUCAUGAUUAUUCAUAUUAAAUUGUGUUAUUUCUUUUCCUUUGUA